AUGGUUUUUAAAGGGCACAAUAAAUCAGAAGAUACUUUUAACAGCGCACCCAAUGUCCACAUCACCAAGUUCCUGAGCAAGCCUAGAUCUGGAAAUUCACAAUACGUAGUCUCAACCAACUCUUCAACUGCCGGUACCGACGUCAAGAUCACAGAACAGGAUGUAUUGGAAGAAUUCAAACGUAUCUAUAGCACACUGGAGAUUCUGAAAGAUAAAAAUAUGAGACAUGGUAAUUCCCAUCUUGGUGCAAAGAUUAAUGCAAUGCAGGAAGCUGGUCGUCUGGAAACUACACUAGAAGCAGAUGAGAAGCAAGAAAAUAGUGACUCAAAUGAAGAUGUAGGUGGACGUCAGUUGAUUAGCGAACCAAUUCGGCAAGCUGCUCGUACAGACCGACCUGAAACUGCUGGAAAGAUAUCAGUACUGUUUGACAUGGAAGACAAAAGUAGAUUUACUGAAGAGGUGACUGUGUAA